UGAGGGGAAACAAGGACAGCAGGGGAGGGACAUGAGGUAUGCAUGAGAGGCUCCAUUGAGGAGAGAGAGACAGAUCAGCAGAAUUGCUUCUCCAGCUGAGCAACUGGAUAAAACUGCCAAUAAAACUUUGCACCCUGCCAUGCUAACAUCAGUCCAGACCCUUUGUGUUCAGGGUACAAUGUGCAGGCUGAUUUCCUCAGAGUCUGGACGCUGCCUAUGAGUCUGUCCGUACAGCCGCUGGACACACCGAGCAGUCACUUUUAUUUUAGUUUGUUGUCGGUCAGGAGGGAGGCACAAAAGGAGCUGACAUGCAGAAUGUACCAAAGGAGUGGAGGGAAGAACAGAGCGUGGGAGGAGGAAGAGACAAAGAUGUUAAACCGUGGAAGGGUAGAGAGGCCUUGUUCCAAAAGAACACCGGUAACUCCAAACAGGACAUGUCCACAGGCAAAGAGAAGAAGAAUGGAGAGAUGAUGAACGGAGGGGGAAAGGGGAUGGAGGGGACGGAUAAAGAGUCGCUGAUGAUGGAGCUGACCCGUCUGGUUCAGAAGACAGUGAAGGAGAGUAGUUGGUGGGAGCGGAGAGGCAUCGACAUCACUAUCCUGGCCCUCUCCUUUCUCCUGCUACCCCCAGCAUUCCUGCUGCUUGGUUCGUCCCAGGCCCUGGUGUUUGUCCUGGGCAUGGUGCUGAUGGGCGUGUCCCAUGCUGUCAUCACCAUCAAGGGCACCCAUCUGGCAAGUCACGGAUCGCUGAGCGAGUCCACUACCUGGGCCGAUGUCUGGGCUGUUUUUUUCAUAGAGGUGUGUGGGUCUUUCACAGCAAGGGCAGGUGUAACAAGCCACAUUAAGAUGCACCAUGCCCACACCAACGUGAUCGGCCUGGGUGACUCCAGCACCUGGAAGAUACCCUACCUGCCCCGGGGUGUAUACCUGUUCAUUGCCCCCCUGGCUGUACCUGUUAUCACUCCUCUGGUGGCACUAGGUCAGCUGAAAGAGCACUCAAUGGGCCAGGCCCUGAGGACAGUCCUGAUGGUGUUCCUGGGGUUGUACGCUCAGUACUGGCUGUUGAUCCAUGUCUCUGGGUUCCAGUGUCUUUACAGCACCCUGCUCUGUAUGCUGCUCUGCAGGGCUAUGUUCUCCCUGCCCUACAUACACGUUAACAUCUUCCAACACAUCGGCCUGCCUAUGUUCUCCCCGACCCGUCGGCCCAAGAGGAUUUACCAGAUGACCCACGGGGUUCUGAACCUUCCUCGGAACCCCCUGCUGGACUGGAUCUUCGGACACUCCCUCAUCAACUGUCACGUGGAACACCACCUGUUCCCCUUCCUCUCCGACAACAUGUGUCUCAAGGUAAAGCCCAUCGUGUCCCAGUAUCUGAAGGAGAAGGAGCUCCCAUACCAGGAGGAUAGCUACCUCUCCCGUCUGCAGCUCUUCUUUCACAAGUACCAGGAGCUCAUGGUUUUCGUCCCAUCCAUCACGGAGCUGGUGGGGGUGCAGUGAUGGAGCAGAGAGGUUGAGGAUGAGGCGGAGGACAGGAAACAGGGAAUAUACCAUCUACUAACCCAUGCUGCUAUGUGCAGUCACUGAAUUAAGAGACUGCUACCACUGUCCUACUGUUUCUAGGAGGAUCAUUCUUUAAGUGCAGAAACUCCAACUCACUGACAUUAACAUAGCAAUAUAUAUAUAUAUAUACACUGCAAUAUUAAUAAAUUAUGAUUAUUAAUUAUUAUUAAUUAUUAAACAACCCACUGCGCACAUACCGGUUGAAUCAAUGUUGUUUACACGUCAUUUUAAUGAAAUUAUGUGGAACCAAAGUAGAAUAGACUAAUUGAUGUCUGUGCCCAUUGGGAACAAUAAUAAGGCACUUUAUGGGAUACAUACACUACCAUUCAAAAGUUUGGGGUCACUUAGAAAUGUCCUUGUUUGUGAAUGAAAAAAAAAGUGUCCA